AUGUCAGACCCCCCAGAGAAAGAGUGGUGUGUGGCGCGCGGACAUCCGGGAGAUCCGGGUCUGAGCGACAAGUGGAGUCCGGCACUGCAAAUUCGAACCGUGCUGCUCAGCAUUCAGGCACUACUGAGCACGCCAGAGCCCUCCGAUCCCUUGGGUGCAGCGCCCAGCUUGCAGUCCUUCAGGUUGCUGUGGAAGCUCGGCGUGGGCGGGAGAUGGCGGGAGGCGACGCCUGCCCGCGCAGCUCAAUGGGCCAAGGUGCUUUCGAGAUACGCUGCCGCAGCUGCUGCUCCGUUGGACCAGUCCAAGAUGCGGAAUUUUGGUAUCUCAGCACACAUUGACAGCGGAAAGACGACGCUGACGGAGCGCGUGCUUUUCUACACUGGCCGCAUCGAGGCGAUUCAUGAGGUGAGGGGCAAGGACGGCGUUGGCGCCAAGAUGGAUCACAUGGAGCUCGAGAGGGAGAAAGGUAUCACCAUCACAUCAGCAGCCACAUACUGCUCCUGGAAAGCAGACGACCAGGACUAUCACAUGAACUUGAUUGACACGCCUGGCCACGUAGACUUCACCAUUGAGGUGGAGCGGGCCCUGCGGGUGCUAGACGGCGCAGUUCUCAUUUGCUGUGGGGUUGGCGGGGUACAGAGUCAGACCAUCACCGUGGACAGACAGAUGAAGCGAUACGAGGUUCCUCGCAUCGUCUUCAUCAACAAGCUGGACAGAUACGGCUCUGACCCUUUCUUGGUCUUAGGCCAGAUCCGGAAGAAGCUGGGUCUCAAUUGCGCACCCGUCCAGCUGCCCAUUGGCCAGGAGGAUAACUUCAAAGGGAUUGUCGACUUGGUGUCUCUCAAGGCAAGCUACUUUGAGGGAAAAGAUGGUAGCAGCCGCAAAAUCGCCGAGAUCCCCAAGGACAUGGAGGCGAAGGCCCAGGAGCUCCGGGGUCAACUCCUAGAGACCCUCGCCGACGUGGAUGACGACUUCGCCGAGGUUUACUUGGAGAACGAGGAUGUGCCAGCAGAUGCUGUUCAUGCUGCCAUCCGACGAGCAACGAUUGCUCGUACCUUCUGCCCGUUGUUUAUGGGGUCUGCCUACAAGAACAAGGGCGUUCAGGAUUUGCUUGACGGCGUGUGCCGCUACCUGCCAUCACCGCUGGACCGGAAGAACAUCGCUCUGAAGGCAGACGACGAGGAUGAGAUAGUGGAGCUUUCCUCGAAUGCUAAGGACCCAUUGGUGGGCUAUGCCUUCAAGAUCCAGGACCAUCCCCUGGCCGGGCAAGUGACCUACAUGCGGGUCUAUCAGGGCAAGGUAGGCAAGGGCGACAAUAUCGUCAACAUGAUGAACGACAAGAGGAUCUCUGUGAAGAGACUGGUGCGCAUGCACUCCAACGAGAUUAAAGAUGUGUCUGAGGCCUUGGCGGGCGACAUUGUAGCGCUGGCCGGGGUGGACUGCGAGUCGGGCGUGACCUUCACGGAUGGCAAGUCCAGACUGACGUGCAGCUCCAUGUUCAUCCCCGAGCCGGUGAUGUCUUUGGCGGUGUCGGCUUCCCGAGAUGAUCAAGCGCGUUUCCAAAAGGCAUUGAGGCGUUUUCAGCGCGAAGACCCUACCUUCCGCGUGGAGGUGAAGCAAGAGACGAAUGAAACCAUCAUCUCGGGCAUGGGGGAGCUGCAUUUGGAGGUCUACUGCGAGCGCAUGCGCCGCGAGUUCAAGGCCUACUUGGGGCAGGAGAAGGCCCCACGUGGCCAGAAUCUGGUGGCGUGGAUCCGCUCCUCCAUCCGGCUUCGCGGCUAUGAGGCCUCCAAGGAGGGCCAGGACUUGGUCUCCUGCCCUCUGCUGGCGCCUUGCCCGUUGCAGAACCAACGCAGCAAGUGGCCAUGCUCCUUCCUUUUGCAGGGCCCAGACGGCGCGGACAGGGACCGCCACCGCUGCAGCCUGCAGAUCUUGGACUUGGACUGGAAGACCUCCAGCGACUGCAAGCGGCUGAGCGAUCUACUCGCGGAAGCAGGCCAAACUUGCAGUUUCUGCCAGCAGAGUUUGCUACUUCACCGCGCUGCUUAUCUUGCUGGGAAUCGCCGAGUUCUGCUGACCUUCCAGUCGCAGUCGGAAGAAAUGCCGAAGCAUAGCUGGCUUCGCUGCCAGGCGUGUAAGAGCAAAUGGGCCUUGCCGCAGGAGCAGCUGCUUCUCAGCUCGGCGGCCUCGUUCUUCUCGCUGCUGUGGUUCGGACCCAAGAACCUGCCCUGCGAGCACAACUUCAGCAGAGCCCAGUGGGAGCUGGGGAACGCCGUGUUCUCCUCCAGCGUGGCGGAGCCGCUGGCCAUGGAGCUCCGCGGGCCCCCGCUCACCUCGCCGGAGCUUUCGGCGGGAGCGGGAACGGCGAAGGUGCAGGAGGGCGUGCAGAAGGUGCUGCGGCGCGCGGAGACGUUGGUGCAGGCGGAGCUGUCCCAAGUGCUGCAGGACUUUCGGAAUGUGGGCCCUGGACCGCAGGGGAAGCGGGGCUGGAGCUCCCGCAACGAGCUCAGCCUGCGCUGCGGCCUCCGCAGCCGCCGGCUGCUGGAGGCCUGCGCCCUGCUGCGGGCCGCCAGCGCGGAGACCGCGGCGCGCGGAGCCAUGGGCCCUCUGCAGGUCCUAGGCCUUGCCUGCCAUUUGCAGAACUGCUUGCAGCGCUGCCGCAACCUCGGCGCGAGUGGCCCAGGGGAGGCCAGUGCUGACUCAGCCGGUAGCGACGCGCACGCGCCCGCCCGACAAUUUCCCUCGCAUGGGGUGGUAUCGGAGCGAUCGAGGCGCCGAACAGAUGCCAUGCCGCUGAUGCCUGCUGCGAUGAAGCAGCGGUCCCAAUCGGCGCCGCCCAAAUUUGGGCAAGAGGCCAAGGAGGAGCCCCGGUACCGCAGCCAACGAACAGAGUCGCUGGAUGAUUCAUCCCUGGGCCCGCUGCUGCACUUGAGCCUGCCCAAGUUGGCCAGCCUGGCCAGCCAGGCCCCACGGAUGAUCAUGAAGAGGGCAUAUGCCACUUUGCUGGGCGAGAAGGGCGUGACAUUUCCCACUGUCCCAAGCGAACGCAGCCUCGCUGACGCUGGCAGCGCCGCACUUCCGGACGAAAGGUGGACUGGCCUUUGCGAGGAGCCCCGGAAGCUCUUGGAGGGUUGGGGGCUGCCGGAGCCAUACGACCUGAACGUGGCUGAAGGGAUCAAGGGCAUGGCAGUGCCUUUGUCGGACACCGACGACGUCGGGGCGCUCAUCGCCCAUGCUCUGCUGUCCCCCGAUCUCUGGGAGCAGCUUCGAGGCCGAUUGCCGCACUGCCAAGGCGACUGCUUUUCCUCCGCCCGAAGGGACUUUGACCUGGCGGCGGAGAUGGAGGACCCAGCUAUCCAUGUACCCAUCGAGGCCCCGGACGGCCCCUGGACGGUGCAGCUGCUGGCGCCGGGCCGGUUCCACCUGCUGCGGCACCUGGCCUUCGGCCAGGACGCCGCCUUCUGUGCGGCGCUCAAGCGGACCUGCGCGGUGAAGACGGCGGGGGGGAAGAGUCGCAGCGUCUUCUGGCGCUCCCAGUGUGGACAGCUCAUCCUGAAGGAGGUGCGGCCGGCGGAAGCAGAUCACCUGGCAGAGGUGGCGGCGCCUCUGGCGGUGAGGCUGGGGGAGGCGCUGAAGGGCGAGCCCUCGCUGCUCUGCGAGGUCUUUGGCCUCUUCAAGGUUCAGAAGUUGGGCAAGCAGCCACGAGCCAUCAUCGUCAUGCGGAACCUGCUGCACGGUACCGAAGGAGGGGACUGGCAGAUUUUCGACAUCAAGGGCGUGGGGUCACACCGAACCCUCUUGAACAAUGAGGAGCAGAAGGUGAAAUGGGAUGGCGGCUUUGUGGACACCUUUGAUGCGCUGCCGGUUGUCUUGCGGGCUGCCGACCAGGAGAGCUUGGAGCUGGCCCUGAGGUGCGACCUGCGGGUGCUGCGGGACCUGGGCCUGGUGGACUACUCCCUGCUGGUGGCCUACAACGAGAAGGAGCUUCGGAUCCGGCUAGCGAUCAUCGACUUCCUGCAGCCUUACUCCUUCAACAAACAGUUGGAAUCUACAGUGAAGAAGCUCGUCCAGAGGCAUGAGCCCACCAUCGUUGAGCCGGCGCAGUACGCCAAGCGGUUCCAAGAGUUCAUCCGCAACGCAUUUCAAGAUGCCGUUGGAUGA